UGCCAGUCGCAGGGCUCUGCUUGCAUCUGCCUGUUUGCAAUAAAAUUGUUAUUUUCGCAAUAAUUUUGAAAAAACUCGUACGAAAAAUACCGGAAAGCGUGUGAGAAAUCAAUAAAACAUUUUAACAUUAAUUAAAACGUCUGGCCGAGUCCUUCAAUUGCAUUUGUUGCCUAGAUAAUUAUUGUUAAAAAAAGAACAAAACAACAGAAUAAUGACGGUGGUAGCAAGUGGUGGUGAUGCAGUUGGAGGUAACAUAGGUUUAAUAGAGUUGGCAGAUAAGGUGGGCGUAGGUGAAGCGGCUAUACGUUUGUUAUUUACUCUAUUUGCCGGUUACCCCAUAGUUAUUUAUCGUUUCUUAAUACAGCCUCAAUCUUCUAAGCCGGUACACCACAUUUUCUUUGCUUUGUGUGGUUUUGGUUUGUGUUUCUUUAACUAUGGCUUUGAUACUUAUCACUCUUUAAUCUCGAUUUGGAUUACAUAUCUAUUGGUGCGUUUACUGCACAAUAACACCCAACAAUUGGUGGCCAUUAAUUUCGUUUUCCAUAUGGCUUAUCUCUUAACCGGCUAUUACUUUACCGAGAGCAAUGAAUAUGAUAUUUUGUGGACUACUCCUCAAUGUGUUUUAGCUUUGCGCAUGAUUGGUUUUGCUUUUGAUAUUGCCGAUGGCCGUAAGCCUAGAGAGAAGUUGUCGAAAGAUCAACAGGAGUGUGCUUUAGAACAGAUACCUUCUUUACUGGAGUUGUCUGCUUAUGCUUAUUUCCCCAGUUCAUUUUUAAUUGGUCCUCAGUUUCCGUUUAAACGUUAUCAGCGUUUUAUCAAUGGUGAAUAUGCCCAAUAUAAGGGUUUCGUUAAGGCUGGUUUAACCCGCCUGUUAGUGGGUUUGUUGUAUUUGGCUGUGCGUCAAGUUGGUGCCAUGUUAUUCCCUGAUAACUACUUCUUAACCGAUGCUUAUCGUAAUCAACCAUUCUUCUGGCGUUUAAUCUAUUUGGGCUUCUGGGCGAAGUUCUCUUUGUACAAAUACAUUUCUUGCUGGCUGUUGACCGAGGGUGGUCUUAUGUCUUUGG